AUGGACCAUCCGAUCAUCUCAAAUGGCAGUCUAACUGAUGAGAUGAGAACAACCGAAUCGUACGCUCGAAGAGAUGGCCUAAGCAUAAACAGUGAGAAAGGAGACAGGCAUGCAGGAAACAUGCCCCAGGAUAGGCAAACACUAAUGGAUCGCUCUGCAGAGCGCAACACAGCACAAAUCGUGCGUGGUGCAUAUCAAGAAGUGUAUUGUGUUGCUCCUGCUCUUGCUGCUGUUGCUGCUAUAUUCAACGUUCCACUCGUCAACACAAUUCGGAACCUAUCUGUCAUUGUGCAGCUCCCUAGCCAUCCCGCAAUAGAUUCCUCUCCCUAG